CGUCGCGCGUUGUCUCCGCUUCCACCAGGCAACGACCAGCACCCUGUUGCUCGUCCCCUCCGUUGAUCCUUAUCCCCAGCGCUGAACGAAGUCGUGCAGCCUACCCCUAAACUCCCUUUCUGACUUGCUGCCCUCCACACAGCCACUCUGGAAGCUUGAAGUCUCGAGAUGAUCAACACACCAAUAAGCGCUGCGCGCGUUCUGAACGAGGUGGCCUCGCCGGCGGACACGCGCAACGGCGGGAACGACAGUGGUCAAGCUGGCCUACGCACCGAUCCUCAGAGUCUGGCUCGUAGUUCUGUGCCACCCGCGGACGUGGACGUCCUAGCAGGAAACUUGGAUCGCCUAUCCUUGCAAGCUUCAGAGGAUCUGGUAUACAAUUUACUGUUGUCCCUACCACGGAAUCGACUAGCAUCGUUACAACGUCGUAUCCUACCCUUGCUCCAAUUCGAUCUAGUCGCGUCUCUUCCAACCGAGAUCGCUCUGCAAAUAUUCGCACUCCUUCCCGCUGAGGCGCUCGACAGUUGCUCUCGCGUCUCUCGUCGAUGGCGCGCUCUAGCCUGCGACCAGACGAUCUGGAAGAACCUUUGCGACGAGCGUGACUGGAAAUGGUGCACACCUACAACAAACGAGAUACCACCACAGCGCUGUGUGGAACAAGAUGACGAGGGCAUGGGCGACGAGGAAGACGAGGGCGCCGUCGCGCAUGAAAGUGUAGGAAGCGCAGUGGAUACGAGCGUAGUCGCCGAACGCAGUUAUCUCGAGCUUGACUCCGGAUACGUGUCAUUUUCGACUGGAGACAUAGCGUCCACCCGGAUUGCAGGCGACCCCAACGACGGUUCUAGCAACAGAACCCGUACAGAUAAUCCACCGUCUACGCCACCCGUAGCCUCAUUCCAGCCUACCCACUUGGCAUGCGCUCCCCCAUCCCUAGCGCCCGAUUACAGACUACUUCAUCGCACUCACACGAAGCUCAUCAAGCGCUUCAGAGCUGGCUCUUACCGCCGAACCGUCCUCCAGGGUCCUCAAGGCCACUCUAACACUAUCUACUGUCUCCAACUUCACACUUACCCGGCUACCAGCUCGAUAGGCAGUCGACAGGUCCUCUUCACCGGCUCACGAGACCGCACGGUGCGAGAAUGGGACCUUGCUUCUGGGUCCGUCACUCGUGUCAUCAGCGGUGUGCACACCUCAUCCGUUCUAUCUCUUUGCGUCCGCGAAGUGAAAGUCGAUGGACAAUCCAUCACGUACCUGGCUACUGCUGGCAGUGACUGUCGCGUAGCGCUCUACAACCUGUCGGAGGACCGUGAUGUAUGUCAGAUACAGGAUCACGAAGACAGCGUCCUCUGCGUGCGCUUCGAUGACAAGAGACUGGUGACAUGCUCGAAAGAUCAUACAAUUCGAACGUACAGCUUUCCUGACCUACAACCUCUAUAUACCCUUCUCGACCAUCGUGCCGCCGUGAACGCCGUAGCACUCUGUGGCAACCUCAUUGUCUCUGGCUCCGGCGACCGCUCGGUCAGACUAUGGAACGCGGAGUCCGGGCAGCUGCUGCGGACCUUCGAGAACCACCAUCACCGCGGAAUCGCGUCAAUCGACUUCAAGCUUCCUUACGUGCUGUCCGGGUCCUCCGACAAACACCUGAGGUUGUUCGACGUCUUGAACGCAUCGGGUUGGUCGACGUGCCCCCCGGAACCCGCGGGCACAUCGCUGACAGCCGAGACGCCUGGGAUCCCAUCGCCCGAUACGCCCACCACCACGUCCAUGCGUCAGGUCGCUUGCCCUACGUGCGGCGCGACGGUGGCUCUGCGCGGAGGUCAACAUGACGAUCUUGUGCGAAGUGUUGCGCUUGGCAGCGAAUUUGUGGUGAGCGGGAGCUAUGACUUGACUAUCAAGGUCUGGGAAAGAGCCACGGGCACGCUCGUGGCCGACCUCAAGGGUGGUCACACCGGACGUAUAUUCUGCGUCGCUUUCGAUCCCACCAAGAUCGUGUCAUGCGGGGAAGAUCAGCGGAUAUGCAUCUGGAAUUUCUCCCACGGCAUCGAUACGAGCUUCAUACAAAUUUAAACCGUGGAAUUACUGCUGUGUGCUCUUAGAACCUCCAUAAAUAACGCUUUUGUUGCUUAGAUGAACAAGGUCACACUCUGUUGGGCUGAGAUAUAGGGUACGACUUACCGCAAACCGAUAGCUUGAAACAGUUGCUCGAGGCGCCGGCGAUGUCAGUAUACCAGACAGUGAGAAUAGGGCUUGGUACCAC